UGUCUCCAUGACCAAGUAACAAAAAAAAAAAAGGAGAUUCAAAGAGAAAGAGAGGGUUCUCGUUCUCCGUCUUCAAUUGUUGAACUGAUUCUUCUUCUUGAGCAGCAUCAAUGGCGGGUGGAUCAUCUCGCAGCAGCGGUAAACGCCCCUUGGCGGAAGAAGAUGAAGAAUUCAGCAAAAAACCACCAGCUAAGAGGGUAAGGUUUCCAAAGGGUAAGAAAGUGAAGCCAGGGGAUGAAAUAGUGGAUAUAGUAAAUGUACCUGCAAAAGUUGAGGAGGAUGAAAGCGACUUGACGAACCCCCGUGCUGCUGCUAAAGAGCGCGCGAAACGCAGGAGCCAAUUUACUUCCGAGCUCUUUCGCGAGGAAACUGGAGCUAUCUUGAAUGACGUAACAGCUGCUGAAAUGAGAUAUGAGGAUAAUGAGAAUUUUGUUGAUGACGGGAUUCAAAUUGAGCCUUUCAACUUAAAUAAAGAAAGGGAAGAAGGUUAUUUUGAUGCAUCAGGGAAUUUUAUCGAAUACGUAAGAGAUAAUGAGAUUAAGGAUGCCUGGCUUGAUAAUGUUGAAGUUGAUCCAAGAUAUGCUGCAUUAGCCUCUGUGGAAAGAAAUGAGGAGGAGGAGGAGGAGGCCCAAGAGCUUUCUUCCAAAGAUAUUGGAAUCAUCAAGAGGCGCAUUGCAGAUGUUCUUGAACCAGAGGAAACAGUCUUGCAAUGCUUGAGAAGGUUAAAAGGUAACAGUGAUAGAAAGGCAAAGAUGUCUUCUGAGACUAAGAUUGUAUUUGACCAGCUAACUGAGGAUGCUGCGAGGCUGAUGGAGAAUGGCGAAUACAAUGUUUAUCAUGAAAAGAAAGAGAUUUUUGAGCGUGAAGCAGAAGGAUAUGAGAAGGUUGCCCGGGCAAAAGGAGAAGGCACAUCUCUGCUCUUAGGUGAAGGGAAUUUUUAUCUGAAUGGGGAGGAAAAAUUGCUUUCUGAUGGUCGGGAUUCUGGUGUGGCCUCUACAUUGACUACUGCUAUAGGGACUUCAAAUCCACAUUUGGCUAGUGCAGAAGUCUCAGGCAAUGGUGACGACUUUGAUAUGUUUGGUGACGAUGAUGAGCCUGCUACCACUAAGCCAUCUACUGAUGAAAAUAGUACAGUUAGUCAACCAUCAUCAGAUGCCAUAAAUUCCGGUAAAGAGGGUGAAGCAUUGCAAAACGAUUAUGUAUAUGAUGAAUCUUCUGGGUACUAUUAUAGCAGCAGUUUGGGCUAUUAUUAUGAUCCAAAUACUGGCCUUUAUUGCUCUGCAGCAUCAGGGAAAUGGUACUCGUUUAAUGAGGAGUCUAACACUUACGAUGAAGUUCAUGAGGUUGCAGCUGAUGUAAGUUGAGGAACUUGUUUCAAGUGAGUAUAGUCUGUGUAGCAUAUCCACAAUCAUCGUCUAUUAGUGGCAUAUGUACAGAGAAGCACUCUUGAUCUUUUGAACAUACUUUUUCUUGCGGGAAUUUCUUCUUUAGGUGCUACUGCUAGCAGUUUUUCUGCUUUAAUCUCUUAAGUUUUCUAUCUAUUAUGUAAUAUCUUAAACUUUGCGAGCAAAAUUCUCCUAAAAUGUUAACUAAGUUAAGAACAGUAGAUGCUUACUCUUUCAA